AUGUCAGCAGGACUAAUUGCGUCAGCUGUCCGCCCUGGACUGUCAACGACACAUCCAACGGAUGAUACUGCCACCAUCACAUCUCCACGCACCGGCUCGGCCAAAGGAGGCAAGGUUGGCCCUGCAAGAGGUUCAAUAUCAGGAGCAGAUGCCAUCUCUGCAGUUGCAAGUUCGUCUCGUCCAUCACCAAAGAGCGCCGUAGACAAAAAGCAGGAUAGAGAGGGAAGCGCUUCAAAAGAUAAGGAACGAGAGACUCGUUUGCCGGCGUGUGAGGCCUGCAGGAGCCGUAAAGUCAAGUGCGAUGCGUUGCUGCCGGCUUGCACGCCUUGUCAAAAGUCUGGCAGGGAAUGUUUUGGUCGCGACAAGGUACCCAAUGUCUCUCGUGGUCUGGUCUACGAGUUGCAGCAGAAAGUCAAGGAUUUGGAAAGCAGACUUGCGCUCGCAUCUUCAGGAAACAGUGUUGGCAACACUUCUCACAACGGACACAUCUUAGCGGCUCACAAGGGACAUGGCAGCGGUAGUGAUAGCGGUAGUGAUAGCGGUAGCGAUGGUCGGACAUUUCGUGUGGGGAGGCUUUUCAACAAGCGUCAAAAGCGAGGCCGGAAUGGAUAUCACAGCUUGCACAACGCAGCAACAGGAGAUCUUGAUCCCGACGAUGAAUCUUCAACAUCAGACAGUCUUUCUUGCUCGUCCGAGCCGACAGAGCCUUCGCCAAACGACUUCAUUCAGCAGACAAGCACCAUUCUCGAAAGCCUUUCAUCAGAACUUGCAGGCACUGCGCAUCGUCAGCAGCACCAAGCAUCGACAUCCAGACCGACCACACAGAAUCUAGACAAUGAUGAGGCGUCUGCACUCUCUGCUCUCACGAGACAUCAUCGAGACCGUACAAAGUCUCCACACAGGCUCAAACGACGAUCGUCAUCCAAUGCUUCGAGAUAUCGAGACGAUGCCGGCUCCUAUUACGCCGGUGCUGGGGCCUCACGUUUCAAGGAUGCUUCAGGACCGUACCCGUUCAAGUCAAGGUCGAGACCUGGGCGCUUUGGCGCGAUCUCGGCCUACGACAGGACGUUCUUCGAUCGGCUCAUCGCGAGAUAUCUGACAUAUAUGAACACUGCGUUUCCCGUGAUCAACGAAGUUCGGAUGUGGGAGAUCGCUACAUCUGUCUAUCAGGAUGAUGAGCGGUCACGCUUCGCAGCUUUAUCGGCCAACUCAUACGAUGCUAUGCCUCCGCCGUCACUACCACCUUCACCCGCUACGGGUCGCGUUGCAAUGUCGAAACAUCGAUACGUUGUGUUGAUGUCGCUGGCGAUCGCGUUGGCUUCUUUGGGUCGCUCGCACAACUUCAGUCCAGAACUCAGAAGGCUUGGUCAUCAAUACUGGGCUGAAGCACAAGCACUUUUCCCGAUGCUGUUCCGAUUCAGCGAUAUCGACAAGCUGCGAGCAACUCUGCUUCAGCUGCAGUACGCUUUGCUGGUCCCAACUUCAGGUAGCGUUUGGGAGUUGUCCGGAGCUGCCAUUCGUCUAGUUACAGAACUCAACCUGCACGUCGAUCGAGAAUACGAUUCCGCUGCUAAUGCUCCGUUUACGAACGAGACGAUCGAUCUUCGACGACGUUUGUUCUGGACAACGUAUUGCCUGGAUCGAAGUUUGGCGGUGGCUCUUGCUCGACCCCCUGGUUUGUCCGAUGCUUGGAUUCAUGUUCAGUUGCCGAGCUUGGUGUCGGAUGCGGAUAUCCUGCGGGCGAACCGUGAUCAGGGUUCUUCGUCGUUGGAAAAUUGGCAGAUCGACUCGCAGAAGCAAAUUUUCCGGUCUCAUAUCAACUUGCGACGGGUGCAGUCUGAGAUUCUGUGCCGAUUGCACAGUGUCAACCCUCGUGACUAUUCGUUGGAUAAUGAUGGAAUCAGUUUGUCUCAGCCAGCGCCUGCAAGGCCUUCAUUGGCGCUGGUGAUGGAAGUUGGGCCUCCGACGCCUAAUGUCGAAUGGCAGACAAGGAUGAUGGAGAAGCUGGCCCAGUGGAGGUCCGAGUACGAUAGGAUUCGAUUGGUUCCCCCGGCUCACGAUAGGUCUCAGCAGGGUGAAGGUGUUAGUUCUACAGCAACACCUUUCAUCACUCGCGACUGGAUCGACCUCAACCAUAACCUCACCAUCUCUUUACUCUUCCGACCAUCACCCAACAACCCAAGACCCGACUCCCACGGCUUGCAACAAGCAUUCAUAGCAUCAGGAAGAGCAAUGAAGAUCUACAAAAGCAUGCAUCGAAGCAGCACCAUCAACUUUCCUUGGUUGGCUACGCAUCAUCUGUUUAUUUCCGGCUUGACGCAUCUCAAUGCGUUGGAGAAGUUGACGAGAACGGGGUUACAGAGUCCAAGUCCAGUGGUGGAGGUAGUGUUUAAUGUUCAAAGCUGUGCUUCGACGUUGGAGGCGUUGACGUCGAGGGAUGAUGGGUAUGGGACAAAGAUUAGGGAGACUUUCGAUGCUGCUGCUUCGGCGGUGUUGAGGAGUGUGUUGGAGCCGGGGAGUAGGCAGUCGGUAGGAGAUGGGGUAGGGGUAGGGGCGGAAAUGGUUAGUGUGGAAGAGAUUAUGAGAGGUUCGGCGCCGAGUCCAUCGCAUGUUCGACGGGCAAGCGAUCAUCACCACGAAGCGCUACUCCAAGCUGCUGCUACGCAACAUCCGACUUGGUUAUCCGAUUCCACUUGGAAUACAAUUAAUACUUUGGAUGUUGCACCUCCUCCUGGGUCGACUAUUUUUGUAGCCGCUCCUCCGAGGACUGCGAGGUAUACACCGGGGCAUAGCUUGGUACCGACGCUGAGCGAGAGAACUACCCAGACUACCACGCAGCAGCAGUCUCCACGCGGUGGAUUUGGGAUACAAGCGUACACCGCUGGUCUCAACUUUGCUGCGAAUGCGAGCGGUGAUGCAUUUAACCUCAACCACAACACCGAUGGGAGUAGCGGAAAGAACGAGACCAGCAACAACAACACCACCACCACCACCACCACCACCACUGGUGCUGGAGAAGAGCAAGCAGAGCGAGGUGCAGCGGCAUUCGGAUUCCACAACUGGCUUCUACAGCCUUACGAAGGUGGUGCUGAUUCGCUCAAUUUUACCGGGUUAAGUACAACUGCUACCUCAGGAGGAAUGCUGUUUGGUUCCCCGGCAGCUUAUACUCCAACAGCAGAUGCUUUUGCUGGGAUGUACACCACCGCUAGUGAUGCUGGACAGGCAAGAAACAAUGCAGCUGCGGACAGCGUAUAUACAGCUGGGAAGAAUGGAGUUGAGAACGAUGCAUCAACCUUGCUAGAUUUUCUGUCCAUGCUUCCUUCCCAACCCACUCCCCCCUCUGCUGGCACUGGCGUGCCCAGGCCUGGUUCACAGUCUAAACCAUAA